UGUCAAAAAUGUACAUUCGCCAUCCGCUUUUCGCAACAGCCUUUUGCAAACAUUACAAAACCAGUUUUUACUAAAAAAUUACUUAUAAUGUCAGACAAAAAUUUAAUUGAAAAUGUAAUUCAAAAAAAUAAAGGUUAUGUUCCCAUUUUAGUGAAGUUUCAAAAUGGAAUUCUUAACGAUUACGGUACUUUCAAAACUGGAAUUGUUUUAGCUAACAACAAAAAUUUAAAAAAAGAUGAAGCUGUAUUUUCAAUUAAUAAGCAUAUUUAUCACGGGCCGAUUGAACCAGAUGAAAAGCAAGCCGUGAAUUCCUAUAUUGCAGUCAAAAGAAGGAACAAAAUUCACUUAAUGGAAAUUGAUCAAUGUACAUUGAUACACGAUAUUCACUCACACCAUGAUUGCAUAGAAAAAAUUAAUAACAAAGAAUUGGCAAUGAGGGUAUUAAUGAAGAAUUUUGGGGGUAAAAAAUCUAAAGUCUAUUUUGAAAGGACAGAAAGAUCUAAGGUAAAUUUAGAAAUAAUUAAAUCCCAAUUAAAUAAAACCAUAGAAGAAACAACAUUACAAGACGAUAACGAUAAGACUAGUGAACUUGAGAUUGUUCCACCAUAUAACAAAAAUGCCAAAAACUCUUCCGAUAUAUAUAUUUUAACAAAUAUUUUAGAAGAAGAUUUUUUGAGUAGUUUGCAAGAAGAAGCAGUUGCAGUUUUCAAUUACAAUACAGAAGAUUUACCGAUUUCAUCGCAGUAUAUACUUAAAGAAAUUAGAAGAGUAAAAGAUGUCAUGCCCAAAAGCCAAUGUUUCACGUUUUUGAAAGUAUUAAUUUAUUUAGAUGGUUUAUUAAAUUACAUAAAAAUAAAAAGAAGAAAUAUAGAUGGUGUGGAAUUAUCGAAAAUUUCAGAAAAAAUUUCAAACGAUAUACGCCGACGAUUUGCUCCAAAAGAUUUACUUAAACCGCUAAGAACAACUAUUUCCACUGAUAAAGCAAUAUGUUACUUCAUUGUGCUAAUUAUGUUAAUUCAACCUGACUAUGAAAUCGACAUCAAUAUACUUACCACAGAAAUUGGGCGACCCAAAAAUAAAGUUAAAAGUUUAUGCAGUGCGGUUUUUGCAAAACAGAAACAAUUUUCCGACAUGCUGUGUUUCUCGUUAGCGAAUAAUAGCAUAAAAGGCAAACACCGUAUGGUAAAGCGAAAAACCUUAUGAAAAAAGUUAGUUACUGCUUAAAAUUUAAGUUUGAUAAUAUAAAACAUUCUUUUGGGAAA